AUGAUGAAUGGGACGACUGAACGUGGCGGGCUGUCUUUACAGUCAUCGCCUGUAAAAGUUACCACAUCUCCUGUUAGGGCUUCGCCGAGUCCAGUAAGAGCACCACCAUCCCCUUUAAAAUCCUCAUUAGCAAGCGGAAGAAAAUCUCCGAGAAGAUGUCAGUUUGCGGCUCCUAUAGAAGAUGCAAGAGAUAAGUGCGGGUCGUCUUGGUUGUGUCGACGUGGAGCAGGGAUUGGAGAAGAGUCUGAUUCAGAGAGGUCUCCUGGUCCGAGUGCUCCGGUGUCAGCGUGUGAGGAGUCUGCACCACCUCCGAAGAACUGCUUCAGGCUCGUUAUGUUGGGGUAA